AUGACAACAACACCUGCUUCGGAUCUUACGAUUGCCCAUUUUGGUCCACUUACGACCACGUUCUCGCCACCGUCGAAGUGUGCCACCGCGAACUGGGUCAGUUACAACACAGACAACGCCCUUUUGGCAUGGGGGGCUGUCUGUGUCACCAAGGGCGUUCCGACUGGCGCAACUUCCGCAAAGGUAUGGAAUUGGGCCUCAUCUUGCUACCCAGAUGGUAUCAAAGGUGUGUUUACUGGCGCGGGAGUGAAUAAUGUCUUCACUCCCGGUAAUGCCUGUCCAUCUGGAUGGACCGCAAAUUAUACCACCAGCGCUGGCCAGAGGGGCCUAUCCCCAUCACACAAUAUUGGUCGAAUGGGAGCUACCGUGCGCGAUGGUCAAAUUGCCACAGUAUGUUGUCCAUCUGGAUAUCGAUAUGGGGGCAAAGGGUGUGUUAGCACUGCUACAACUGUCAGCACACGACGACUGUACACCACCUCAGACGGAACAUGCUCAAGAACUACCGUGUCUGACUUCACCGGUUAUAUUGAGGCUAGCAACACAAAGCGAGAUUUACGAAACGGAGACGGAGACAAGGCGGUGACCUCGCAAGAGUCCAAAACAACGGCGACUUUUACAGCAUAUCCUAUAUGCUUGGUGAAUGGAGGGGAAAUAGUUAAUGAUGGCGAAAGCACGGGAUUAUCAACUGGAGCCAAAAUUGGAAUUGGAAUAGGUGUUCCACUUGGUGUCAUCCUUAUUGCUGUGGUGAUGUUUAUUUGGUGGUACCGACGCAACCAGUUAAGGAAAACUGCGGCUGCAGCUACACCUGAACCCCCGAGAAUGUCCGAAGACACGCCUAAGAAGAGCUCCGGGGUUCCAGUUGGUAUGGUAAAACCCGAACUUGAUAAUGGCGACCCCAUGUACCAGAAAGCGGAGCUUGAUACCGGCGCCGUGAUUGCGUCUGGCCCGUCGCAGGCGCCAGUUGAAAUGCCCAAUGAACAGAUUCCAUCUGCACCGGCUGAGCUUCCUGCUGGACAAAUCUCAGAUGGACCCCAAGCUGAGUUGCCUGGAGAUUCUGGAUAUACCGCUACCAAAAUCGGUGGGGACCAAGACUCAAAGGUGGCCAAUGUGUCCAAUUCUAUCCCGACCAUUGUCGUAGAUCCGUCUUCGCCUCUUCCACCCGAAGAAGAGACAAAAUGA